AUGUCCGCAAAAGAAAGGCUCCGGCCCAAGAAAUACGUGUGCACGGAGCCACAAUGCGGCAAGUCGUACACGCGGCCGUGUCUGCUGCGCCAGCACCAGCGCACCCACGCAAACAUGAGACCGUUCCUGUGCCUGGUUCCUGACUGUGGCAAGGCGUUCUACAGACAGUCGCAUCUGGAGGUCCAUUCGUGGUCCCAUUCCGCCAUAAAACCGCUGAGUUGCGGUAUCUGUCACAAGGGAUUUGUCACGUCUCAACAGCUACUGAGACACAAAGACAAGCACCAUGAGCGAGAACUCAUUUGCCCGCACGGAUGCGCCGACAAAUUCCAGUCGCAGCAGGAACUGUGCGACCACAUGUUGCUUACGCAUCUUUUGAACAAUGUUGCCGAUAGCCACAAGAACGAUACGUGGGACGAUCUGUUUUGCAAAGAAAAUGAGUGCACCGGGUUUCCGCAGUACGACUCGUCUCUUAGUCUAUUUCGACACUACGACGAUUUUCACGAGAUGGUGCCAGAGUCUCUGUUUACGUAUUUUGUGGAGUCUCCAAAUAGGUGGCAGGCAGCUGAAGCGUCUGAGCCGUCAUAG